UUCUCUUCGCUGCCCCUCAGGGCGCGUACCUUGGAGGUUAGAGGGGAGCGUCCGGCAGGUGGUGGGGUGGCGGGCCGAGGGCGCGCCAGUGUGGGGGACCCCCUCCACCAAGGCUGCUGGGGGAGCUGCCUUCGGUCUGCCUUCCCGAGCCGGUUUUGUGUGUGAAGUGGUGGCAUGGACCGUGCCUCCCCGGGCGCGCGUCCCGUUUCCCGGAAGCGCCGGACGUUACUCAAGACCUAAGAGAGAGUGGAUUUGGAGUUUGGAUUUUAGCGGACCUAGUUUAGCAAAACAUGGAUUCAUUUCAGCUACCGUCCACGCUCACCCAGACAAUUACGUGAAUGAGAGGAUGGAAUAGUUCCGGGCUGCAUCAUCUUAGGGGGUCAGUGGUACUUCUGGCAAGUUCUGUCUUCCCUAGCUACUAUGGUUCGUGGCUCAGCACUAACGCGGACCAUGUGGACUGCAGAUGAGAUUGCCCAGCUGUGUUAUGAGCACUAUAGGACCAGACUGCCCAAGCAGGGGAAGCCUGACCCCAACCGUGAGUGGACAUUACUAGCAGCCGUGGUAAAGAUACAACCUGCAGCUGACCAGGCCCAUGGCAUCACUAAUAAACCAGCACAAGUGACAAAGGAAGUUGUCUCAAUGGGAACAGGAACGAAAUGUAUAGGCCAGUCCAAAAUGAGGAAGAGCGGAGACAUCCUCAAUGAUAGCCACGCUGAGGUCAUAGCCAGGAGGAGUUUCCAAAGGUACCUUCUCCAUCAGCUCUACUUGGCGGCUGCCUUGAAGGAGGAUAGCAUCUUUGUCCCUGGAACUCAGAGAGGGCUGUGGAAACUCAGGCCAGACCUCUCCUUUGUGUUUUUCUCCAGCCAUACACCCUGUGGGGAUGCCUCCAUCAUUCCAAUGCUCGAGUUUGAAGAUCAGCCCUGCUGUCCUGUCCGUAGAGACUGGGCCAGUAAGCCAUCAGAAGCCAGUGGUGACCUGGAAGUUCCUGAGGACACAGAGAGAUGUGAGGGCCUGGGUAGUCCUGUGACCAAAAAGAUGAGGCUUGAGCCCGGGACUCCUGACAGUAUAGCUCAGCAUCAGAGUUUUGGCCAUCAGGAAAGUGGCCCAGUCACACCAGACGUCAGCGGCUCUCAUUUUACUGCACAGGAACAGGUCCCUGUCACCAGAAUGGCCCCCGGUGGUGUCAAAGUGGUGGACGUUUAUAGAACCGGAGCCAAGUGUGUGCCCGGAGAAGCUGGAGACUCACGGCAACCUGGUGCUGCGUAUCACCAGGUGGGGCUGCUCCGAGUGAAGCCUGGCCGGGGAGACCGGACUUGCUCCCUGUCCUGCAGUGACAAGCUGGCCCGGUGGAACGUCCUCGGAUGCCAGGGGGCACUGUUGAUGCACCUUCUAGAAGAGCCCAUCUACCUAUCAGCUGUGGUGAUUGGGAGGUGCCCAUACAGCCAGGAGGCGAUGCAUAGAGCUCUGACCGGGAGGUGUCGGAACGUCUCUGCGCUACCCAAAGGCUUUGGAGUUCAAGAAGUGAAAAUACAGCAGUCUGGUUUACUGUUUGAACAGGGCCACAGCGCGGUGCAGGCAAGAAGGGCUGAUGGCCCAGGACGACUUGCUCCUUGUGGCGCAGCCAUCAGCUGGAGCGCAGUUCCCGAGCAGCCGCUGGAUGUCACUGCCAAUGGCUUUCCGCAGGGAACAACGAAGAAAGCCAUCAGGUGCCUUCAGGCCAGAUCCCGGAUCAGCAAAGUGGAACUCUUUAGAUCAUUCCAGAAACUGCUAAGCAGUAUUUCGGAGGACAAGUGGCCAGACUCCCUCAGGCUGCGGAAGCUGGAGACAUACCACGAGUACAAGGAGGCCGCAUCUGCUUACCAGGAAGCCUGGAGUGCGCUCCGGAAGCAGGCCUUUGGGUCCUGGCUCCGCAACCCGCCAGAUUAUCACCAGUUCACAUGA